UUAAAAACAGUAAAAUUUCCAACAUAUCAUGUAAUCUCUAUUUGAAGGAUUGUCGAACUUAUUUAUCAACUUGUACAGCUUCAGAUUACUACUCAAAAUAGAAGAAGCAUUAUUACCUAUGUACCAAUACUUAUAUGUUAUGGUAUACUUCUCUGCCAUUUUGUCUACCGUGCAGUUUUGAGUGUAAAGACAUGUAAAAAAUCUGGACAUACUGGGCAACCUGUUACACAGCUUGUCAGUUAUAGUUACGAAAAGACAUAUGUGGAAUGGUUGUUCAAAAGUAACAGUGAAAAUACCUUAGUUGGAAUUGGUAAUGUUCAAGAAGCUAGUGUUGGAGCUUAUCAGAGAUUUGAAUCAUACAGAACUGGAAUGAUGAAAAGACUUAAUGAUAGUUCACCACUUAGAACAUCUCCAAGAGUUAUUUUCACCUUUGUAGUAUCAACAUUAAUACUUCUGCAGUUGAGCAUAGCCUUGUGUCUCUUGUAUCAGCCACUUCGACAAUAUGCAGUGGUGGUGUUGAAUGACUGGAAUUCAACAGCUUUAUUCGAUGGUGAACUUAUCCUUCAAGUUACUGAUGUGAGUUUUUAUACAUCAUUUGCCACUUCAACCUUAAUAAUGGCAGUGUAUAGUAUACUCAUAUAUAAAAGCUAUCAAAGAGAUUUGAGAAGAAUGUAUUCUGGAGAUUUUAGCUUUUUGCCAAGGAAAGUCAAAAGAUCUGACAAUAAGGAUUUUAUAGCGUCAAGUCUUCGAUAUUCAGGAACUCAAAUAGCUUAUAUGUUUUGGUGCUAUGUAAUAUUAUUCGUUGUCAUACUGCUGUUGUGUUACAUGCUGGCAUUUCUUCUUAUUCUUCCAUUAAUGGGUAAAGUUUCAGACCAAUUUUUAAUUGGUGUGAAAGCUAUAUUUCCGCUGGUUGCAGCUCAUUACAUUUUUCAUCUGUGUGAGACUUUCUUGGUGAAUCGGUAUUUUUUACAAAAUCAUACAGUGCAGAAAGGGACAUCUGGUGAUGUACAACGGGUUAUAGCAGUAAAAAACAGAAAACUAUUCAGUGUUUUGAUGUACUUCAUGUUCUUCUUUCAUGUUAUCAUCGGAUUUUUAACCUGCAUUCGGAGAAUCUUACUAGGUGGUGCUAUUGGCAUCCUUACUUUAGCACGUAUCGACAGAAGUCUAUUACCACGUGGAUUCGAACAAUUAGACAGUGGAUAUAAAAGCUAUGUUGGUCUUAUUAUGUUAGAGCUGUACCAUAGAAACCCCAUUCUGAUCGUGUUUUGUGAGGAAUUGCGUCAAACUCUCAUGGUCAAAGACAAAAGAAAGUUCAUAUCAUUAGAAACACCGGUAAAUGUAUGCUAUCAGAACAGUAUAUCUGGCAGUGAAUUGAUCCAAAGACGGAAACGCACCCAGAAUAUGUGGUUUAAAGCUGUCACACUUAUAAAUAAUCCAUCUGUUAGAAGACACCAUGAUGGCAAGAUAAAACGUUCAGAUUUUUAUCCAGAUAGGACAGGAGAUUUUACUAAAUGAAGCAUUGUAGGUAGAAACAAUUAAAUUAU